AUGAGCGCCGCCAGCGGUGAAGUCGAGAAGCCUAGUCGCUCGGGACGGCAAGCGGCGUCCAGUGCCUCUCCUCGUCGACAAGUAGCCGUGGACGCAACGACGCCGCUGCUGCAUCGAUCUGGUCCAACCCCGACGUCGCUGCCGCACACACGACGGUCAUCCUUCCUGUGCCGUCUCCUGCUCGCCAUCCUCGUCCUCGGUGUCAUCCUUAGCAUCGCCAACAGCUUCCUACCCCUCACUCCUCACCGAUCCCCAGACGACGAUGCCACCUCCCUCCUACCCAACGCAACCCUCACCAACGGCACCCACACCUUCCGCCGCACCGUCAUCCUCAUCUCCCUCGACGGCGCCAAGCCCUCCUAUCUAACCCCCUCGCUCACACCCCACCUUUCCGCACUGGGCGCCUCCACCGCUCGCUCCCGAUUGACGCGAUUGCAACCGAUCUUCCCCACACUCACCUUCCCCAACCACUGGACGCUGCUCACCGGCCUCUACGCGAGCUCGCACGGCAUCGUCGCCAACGACUUCCACGAUGUGCGCUCGGGAGAACAGUUCUACUACACGCGACCGGACCGCUCGUGGGAUGGGAAGUGGUGGAGGGGCGAACCCGUCUGGGCUACCGUGCAGAGGGCUGGCGUGCGCAGCGCCGUGCUCAUGUGGCCUGGUCCACCCGUCACUGCGAACGGUGACAGACCGAGGUGGUUCCAGAAAUACGAGAGUGGUCCGCAAUGGGAUCUCACAGGCAGGCUGCGGCAGGUGAUGACGUGGUUGGACGUGGAAGAGGUGAACGAGAGACCAGGGCUCAUCUGCGCAUACGUGCCGGACAUCGAUCAGGCCGCACACCGAUUCGGACCUGAAUCGAAGGAGGCGCUGCAGGCGGUGAGUCGCGUGGAUGAUUUUAUCGGAGACCUUGAAAAGCAGCUAGAGAAGCGGUCGUUGGGAGAGGUGGUAGACGUCGUCGUGGUGAGCGAUCACGGCAUGACCACGACGAGCAACGAGAGGUUGAUCUACCUCGACGAGCUGUUGGGGUCUGAGCUGCAUGGGAAGUUGGAGCAUCGAGACGGCUGGCCGUCGGCAGGGUUGCGAUUCAAAGGCUCAGAAGCAGAACAGCAGCGACUGGUCGAGCAGGCGUACAAGCGUCUGUCGUCGCUCAAGAGCAGGCAGAAGCGAGGAUGGAGGAUAUACACCCGCGAGGAUCUGCCGGAGCGAUACCAUCUGGCAGCAGCACAGGUCCAAGAUCGACUAGCCCCACUGUGGCUCAUCCCCGAUCUCGGAUGGAGCAUCACUACGCACGCCGAAAUGGCCACCUUUGCCGACGGCGUCUACGCCCCCAGAGGCAACCACGGUUACGAUAACGAGGAGGAGGAUAUGCACGCGAUCUUCGUCGCUUCCGGACCGUCGUUCGCUCCUCGCUCCCAGCGCAAAGCAGGCAGUGGCAAGCAGAACAUGGACGCGUUUGCCAAUGUCGAAGUGCACAACUUGAUAUCGCGCAUCCUGGGCGUGCCGCAGAGCAAACGGGCUCCAACCAAUGGCACAUGGACUUUUUGGGAUAGACAUCUUCGAGCUGGUCUCUAG